GAAGAACAUGUUUCCCUGGCAGAGUCUCACAAAGUUGGUCAAGUUAUUGCACAGUGCCGUUUUCUUGGCUUAAGAUAACACAUUAUAUAUCUUAGCAGGUCGUAUGAGUAGACAUGGACCUGUAAUAGAACGCAGCUACUGAAUGAAACCAGUGAAAGGUAUAUAGACUACGCCUGCGCACUCACAGCAGAAUAUCGAGCCGCCCUUCCUCCCCGCCAACUUGCACCGCAGGGUCGGGCGGACGUCGACUCACAACAACCCCGAGUAGAUUUGCUCACAUAAUUGAAUAUUUUUCGACAUAAAAUGGAGAGCCCACAUCGCAUCGACAACGAGUUGCCUCUUCUGCUGCCGUCUCUUCGCCUCUUCAUACCUCCUCUGCGCCUGGUUUCUGCAGCCAUGUGGCAGGUCGUCCAGAGGGGGAAUGUGCAGGACUAUGGGCUGGUGGAGGAGUUCAUCAGCACAGUUUCAGAAAUUGUACCAGAACUUUUGAAUGCAGAUCAGAAAGCCCAACUCCUUUUGGGACUGAGAGCACGGGUGGUUCUUGAAUUGUGUCGGGCCGAGCAGAUAAUUGACACAGAAUCCAUCGAGAUGCACCUGGAGCGGAUCAAGGCCCUUGUGUCCACUUGGGCAGCACAGCCAUGUUUUGCAGAGGUUGAGUUUCCAGAAUCAAACUUUGUGGAUCAAGUUGAAUUGCUGUUGAAAGACGCUGAAGAGAAGGAAAAGUUUUUCCAGGAUGUUUUUCCUGUGGAUUUUGGGCCUGACUAUGACAGCGCUCUGCAGGUGCUAAUGCUGGAUUUCCUGUCCAGACUGGAGAAGUUUCUUCCAGUACCAGACAUUCAGCAGACUGCGUCCAUGCUCAGUGCUGUCCCAUCCGCCCUGGAGGAGUGUGUGCACUCUGUUCCUGACCCACAGCACCUGAAAACUGUGCUCCUAUACCACACGACACUUGGACAUUUUGAUUUAUCUGAUGAUACUCAGACCAUUCCUUCUUCCUUUGGGAAUUGCAUCCUUUCCUCGCUGUCCCUCCCUCAGCUGGAGAAGGUUGUAAUUGACACAGAACAAAUACAGUUACAACCUCCAUCAGAGCCAAUGCAAGGUUGUGUGACUGUCCAGGUGGAGGGUGAAACUGUGACACUUUUGGACUACAUACAGAUCGAACAGCCAUCAAGUUUGGUUGAGCCUGAUUAUCCAGAAGAAAAUGAAGUAAACGAGGAAGGAAUGGCUGGAGACGAAACAAAUGAGGAUGCCAGUGACACCCUAAAGCCAGCAGCUUUUCAACCACUGAAACAAAGCAAAAGGCUCCAGUUAAAGAGGAAAGCUUUAAAAGAAAAGAAAGAUUCGGCAGCUAAGAGGCAAAGAAAAAAAUACCCCAAUAAUAAGACAUGUCCUGUGUGUAAUAAGAUUUUCCUGCGAGCUGCAGCCAUGAGACGACACUUGGAAACUCAUUCUGCCAAUCGGGAUUUGAAAUACAAGUGCGCCAACUGUGACAAACGAUUCAGGGACCAUUAUGACAUGAACCGACACAACAUGCGCGUUCAUGAAAAGGACGAGAUGGUUAACAGCUCUAAAGAAGAGGACUCGGGAGAUCCCAGCACUUCUGAGAUGUCUGAAAACAAAAAUUGCACUCUUUGUGGGAAGUAUUUUGCCCGUCAAGUUGACAUGGAGCGACACAUGAAGUCCCACUCAGAGGACCGCCCAUACAACUGUUCCUUCUGUGAGAAGAAAUUUAAGAACCCUUACGUUUUAAAGAGACACCAGAAAGAGAUUUGUAAGAGCAGAGAGCUGAAAGGGCCGAAGAGGAGAGAGACACAGCACUCAGAUCCACAGCCACCGUCAGAGAGGUCGACAGAGGGCAAAGUCUGUCCCAUCUGUAGCAGGAUCCUACCGUGCACUGCGGACAUCGCGAAGCAUUUACGAUCUCACACAGAAGAGCGUCCUUUCAUUUGCAUCACCUGUGAGAAAGGCUUCAAGUACAAGGACACAUUGAAGAAGCACCAGAUUAUUCAUGGUCACGAGGGGAUCAGAGAGGAAGAGAGCAAGACGGUGGAACAGAUUUUGGCUGAAGCUGACACUUGUAGUGAUACAGGUAAUAAAAGACAAACUAACCCGGAUGCACCUGCAGACACGUCUGAGGAGUUGCCAACUGCACCUGUGAAAAAAGUAAAUAAAAAAGGCCUUAAAGUAUGCCCUGUCUGUUCUAGGGCUUUCGACAGUAUCAAAACACUGAACAGGCACAUACAAUGUCACACAGAGGACCGGCCUUAUCAUUGCAUCCACUGCAAGAAGCGUUUUAAACACAUGCAUGGGCUGAAAAGACACCAGAUUUAUGCCAUUUGCCAUAAGAAAAUCGCCCGAUUCUCAUGGAAAAAGGAGCCAAGAGCAGGGCCCAGCCAAAGCGAAGUAGCCAGCGCUGACCCCCAACCUCUCAAAAUACCUGUGUGGUGUUCAAACUGUGGAAAACACUUUGAAUAUCCGUCAGCUCUGAAGGAGCACCAAGAAAACGUUUGCAAAAUGGAAGUGAGUGAAAUCAUGAAAUGUGAUGACUGUGGGAAAGAAUUUAAGAGCAUGACCAUGCUCAAGGUGCACCAGAGGAUUCACGAUCCGCUCUACUGCAAAGAGUGCGGGAAGAUACUCGCCAACGAGCCUGCUUUCGAGAGGCACAAACUCAUGCACAGGCCGAUGCAGUGCACGAUGUGUGAAAAGAAUUUUACUUUACUGAGGCGCUUGAGGGAACACUACGAGAAGCAGCACGACUUCACCGGACCGUAUCCUUGCGCUCAGUGCGACAAAACCUUCAUGCAGCUGUCCUACCUCGCAAUUCACCAGAGAAUCCACAAAGGAGAGUUUCCUUACAUUUGCAACAUGUGCCCAGAGAAGUUCAGGUCUUCCAACUGUCUGACGGUUCAUCAGAGGAAACACACCGGGGAGAAACCCUUCCUGUGCUGGCAAUGUGGAAAGUGUUACCGCUCGGCCUCGGAGCUCACGGUGCACAUGGGAACCCACUCCGAGGAGAGACCCUGGGCCUGCACACAGUGCGACAUGGCGUACCGCACAAAGCUGCAGCUGACGAACCACGUCGAACAAAUCCACAUUGGCGUCAGGUAUCCCUGCAACAGCUGUGGGAAGCAGUUCAUGAAGGAGACGUCCCUGAAGAGGCAUGAGCUCAUCCACACAGGUGAGAGGCCGCACCAGUGCACAGUGUGUGGUAAGACCUUCCUGACCGCCAACGAGCUCCGGCUCCACAACAGGUAUCACACCGGGGAGCGCCCGUACAAGUGUGAAGAGUGUGGGAAAGCCUUCAUUCAGUCGGGAUAUUUGAAGUCGCACAUGCGCAUCCACACAGGAGAGAAGCCAUUUAAAUGUGACAUAUGUGAUAAAGGCUUCCGGUUGUCUUAUCACAUGAAGAAACACCGGCGGACUCACACUGGGAAGGCAAAGAGCUACAUAUGUGAAGAGUGUGGGUUAGCAUUCCUCCAUAAAAAGUCCCUUUGGGAACACUCGCUCAGUCACGAUGUGAAAAUCGAACAGUCAUUCACCAAUGAAGUUAGAAUAGAAUUUCAGUAGAAAGCAUUGUAUGUUCAUGCAGGUUGUUUAAGUUCUGAGCUGGAAACACUCUUAAUUUGUUCCUUAUUUCUUAUUUUGACCAAUUUUUAAUGUGGUGCUCUUUUCCCCCCAUGUUGCUUUACUGUGUUGAUUCACAUGUACAAUAAAGCAUAAUGAUGAUGUGUAAGGAUGAUGUAUAUGUUGAAAGACAAUGAAUCAUUUAUGCUUACAAAGCUUAAGAAAUAAAUCUAUCUUGAUGGUAA